AGUAGGCUGCAGAGGAAAGGGCGCGACUUUGGGCACCGUGCACGGUGCCACUGCCAACUGUGCGCGCGAGCGCGUGCUGUGUGGCACCGUAGACUCCCUGUCACUGAGAGGCGCUAGAAACUCGCACAAGACAGACGGAGAGACGGCGAAGCGACCACAGCCACAUAGCUGGCAAAACUAUCUUGCUGGAGUUUAGGGCAACGUCGAGGGAUCAUGUGGCGUUUUGGAGAGCUCCCUUGCUGAAUGUGGCGAUACACACCCAUUGCCACGCCGUCCGUCACGCAUGUUAAGAGUAAAGUUAGUUAGCACUAAGUUACCUUUCAUCAAGUGUCUUUCUACUCUUUAGCUGCGCUGUCCGUAUUUCUUCCCUCAAAAUCUCUCACAUCCUCUCCAACGCCUAACGGCAGUGACCGAACAUUAUCUGACUGUUCGAAAGUAGACCUACAGCCCGGGGUGCAGGGCGAACGCUGCGUAUGUCGGGGGUGUCUGGUGGUGUUGGCGAGCUAGCUCGGGAUUUGUGUCGUGGCUACGGGGAGCCUCCGCUGGGCUGUCUGGCGCUGCUCAAGAACUAGACGCGGAGCAGGGGGAGGUCGGCGCUACGGAGGCGCUCUCGCUCCCAGUUGGAUUUACAUAUGUGUAUUUCCGUGGGAAAGGGGGACAGGCCGAGCCCGUGGCUUCUUCCUUCGAUGGCACUUUUUCAGGAACCGGGAACUGGGAGGAAGCUGUUGGUAACCUAGCUGCUGCUGUCGCUGGCUGUGGAAGUGGUGGAAACGUUUUUAACUGCGGAGUUGGAUUUUGCGUAACUUUUGCCAGCAACUUUUUUUCUUUUUUGGGUGAAGUACUUCAAACUCUUCUGGGGCCGCCAUUUCGCAGCGAGAAGAAAAGUUUCCCCCCCAGGCGUCAGUUUUUCGACGUCAGUUGUGGAGUUGUUUGUUUCGGUGUGGAGAUGGCGGCGAGUGGUGGCGGUGGUGUCGGUGGAGUCGGGUCUCCUCCGGUCAGCAACAGCGGGCCCCCGCUGUGGUAUCACCGGGACUUGAGUCGCGCUGCAGCCGAGGAGCUGCUGGCCAGGGCCGGGAGGGACGGGAGUUUCCUGGUCCGGGAUAGCGAGAGCGUUAACGGGGCAUACGCCCUUUGCGUGCUGUUCCAGAAGCAUGUCCACACCUACAGAAUUCUACCUGAUGAGGAAAACUUCCUUGCAGUGCAGACAUCCCAGGGUGUGCAGCCUAAGCGGUUCGGAACGCUGCCGGAGCUCAUCACUCUGUACCUCCAGCCGGGACAAGGCCUUGUCUCCACACUACUGUUCCCUGUGGACCGAGAGGAGAGCAUAGAGGAACGAGACUACUCAGAUGGCGAGGAUGAGAAGCCCCCCCUGCCCCCCCGCACAGCUUCUUCCAGUAGCCCCAACGCUGCUCUACUGGCAUCUGAAACACAACCUGACUCCUGCGUGGGGGCGUCUAACGGUCUGACUACGGUGUCCCAUGAGUACCUGAAGGGCAGCUACGCUCUGGACCUGGAGGCCGUCAAGCAGGGAGCCAACAACCUGCCCCACCUCAACAAGACACUGGUCUCCUCCUGCAAACGCCUGCACGGGGAGGUGGAUAAGGUCCUGUCUGGGUUGGAGAUUCUGUCCAAAGUCUUCGAUCAGCAGAGUGCAUCUAUGGUGUCCAGGAUGAUCCAACAGACGGUGAGCCAGGGAGGAGAUGAGGAGCUGGAGCAACUGGUGACUAAACUGGCCAUUCUGAAAGACCUGCUGUCAUCUAUAGAGAAGAAGGCUCUGAAGGCGUUGCAGGACAUGAGUGCCUCCAGUCCAAACUCCGCCCCCCUCAUACACACACGCCACAGCAAGAUCAUCCCCGUGCAAACCUUUGAGGUGAAGCUAGAUGUUAACUUGGCGGACCUGACUAAGCUGGGUAAGUCCCAGAAACACACUCUCUCCGUUGACGUGGAGGCGGGAAAACUGGUGGUGACGCGCAAGCUGAAGGACUCUCAAGAGGACUGGACCACACACACACACGACAAGAUCCGCCAGCUGAUUAAGUCUCAGCGUGUGCAGAAUAAGUUGGGGAUCGUCUUCGAGAAGGAGAAGGACAAGAACCAGCGGAAAGACUUCAUAUUUGCUAGUGCUAAGAAGCGUGAGGCGUUCUGUCAGCUUCUGCAGCUGAUGAAGAAUAAACAUUCCGACCAGGACGAACCGGACAUGAUCUCUGUAUUCAUAGGCACCUGGAACAUGGGUAGUGUCCCUCCUCCUAAGUCGGUGGGCUCGUGGCUGCUGUGCAGGGGCCUGGGUAAGACGCUAGAUGAGCUGACAGUGGCCAUUCCACACGACAUCUACGUCUUCGGCUCGCAGGAGAACUCUGUCUGUGAACGCGAGUGGGUCGAUGCACUACGCUGCGCACUCAAGGAACACACAGAGAUAGACUACAAACAGAUUGCAGUGCAGACUCUGUGGAACAUCAAGCUUGCAGUUCUAGUCAAACCGGAACACGAGAACCGAAUCAGUCAUGUGGGGGUGUCCAGCGUCAAGACUGGCAUCGCUAAUACACUGGGUAACAAAGGUGCAGUAGGUGUGUCUUUCAUGUUCAAUGGAACUUCCUUUGGCUUUGUAAACUGCCAUCUGACGUCAGGAAACGAGAAAAUACACAGGCGUAACCAGAACUAUGUGGACAUCCUGCGUCUGUUGUCUCUGGGGGAUAAGCAGCUGGGCUCCUUCGACAUCUCACUACGAUUCACACACCUCUUCUGGUUUGGAGACCUCAACUACCGCCUAGACAUGGACAUACAGGAAAUCCUGAAUUACAUCAACAGGAAGGAGUUUGAGCCGCUGCUGAAGGUGGACCAGCUGAAUCUGGAGAGGGAGAAGAACAAGGUCUUCCUACGCUUCGCUGAGGAGGAGAUCUCGUAUCCUCCUACAUAUCGCUAUGAGAGGGGAUCCAGGGACACCUACGUCUGGCAGAAACAGAAAGCCACCGGGAUGAGAACUAAUGUUCCGUCGUGGUGCGAUCGGAUCCUGUGGAAGUCGUACCCUGAGACACACAUCGUUUGCAACUCUUAUGGUUGUACCGAUGACAUAGUGACGAGUGACCACUCUCCUGUGUUCGGGACCUUUGAGGUCGGAGUCACGUCCCAGUUUGUCUCCAAGAAAGGGCUGCCUAAAUGUUCGGAGCAGGCCUAUAUUGAGUUUGAGAGCAUCGAGGCGAUCGUCAAGACGGCCAGUAGAACCAAGUUCUUCAUCGAGUUCUACUCCACCUGCCUGGAGGAGUUUAAGAAGUGUUAUGAGAAUGACUCCCAGUCGAGUGACAACGUCAACUUCCUGCGUGUUGGUUGGUCUAGUAAGCAGCUGACGACGCUUAAGCCCCUCCUCUCGGACAUCGAGUACCUGCAGGACCAACACCUGCUGCUCACUGUCAAAUCCGUCGAUGGAUACGAGUCCUAUGGGGAGUGUGUCUUGGCGUUGAAGUCGAUGAUCGGCAGUACGGCGCAGCAGUUCCACACGUAUCUGUCCCAUAGAGGGGAGGAGACGGGGAACAUACGAGGCUCCAUGAGGGUCCGGGUCCCCUCAGAACGCAUGGGCACCAGGGAACGCCUAUACGAAUGGAUCAGUGUGGAUAAGGACGAGACUGGUGGACCCAAAGGCCAAAGAGCAACACUGCCCUCUAGAGUUGGACACGAUUAUGUCAAGCCUUCUCCGAGUCGUAAGGGAGCGGAGCUGAGUAAAGUAUCUGAGGAGGGAGAGAGGACCACAGGCAGCCGACCCCCUCACACGCACACACAUACACCAGCCGGAAAAGACGACACGCAAACCAGAGCCAAGCAGGACUCUGUGGAAGGGGAAUCAUCUUCCUGUAAGAACAGCUACAAUAACCCCGCCUACUACAUCCUGGAGGGCGUCCCCAACCAAUCAGCAGCCCUGGCCUCCGACCUUCCUUCUCCCGGCCCUGGCCCCACCCACCCGUCGGCCCCCGUCAGCAAAUCAGCAGCCGCCACAGCGGCCGGAGGGGCGGGCCCUAAGAGCAAGCCGCCCUCGGGAGCCAAUGCUCUCCACCAAUCACGACGCCCCAGCGGCGGACGGACGGCCGUUCGGCCAAUCAGCGAGGAGGGCUCGUCGGAGGAUGAUGGGAGCGCCGUCGUGGCGACAGGGACUCUGAACAGACCGCCGCCCGACUUCCCCCCUCCCCCGCUCCCCAAGAGUGCACUGACGGACAUGACAGACAGCUGCUUCUACCCAAUGGGGCGCGAGGGUGGCAAGGCGCGAGCCUAUCCAGAGCUGCCGGAGCUGAAGAACCCACCUCCCACCACCGCCUCCAAGCCCCUCCCCUCCCCCGGAUUACCACCAGCCAACCAGGGCGGUGCGUUCUGCCUGGACCCUCCCACUCUCAGCGCUCCGCCCAAUCAACCGUUCCGUAAAGUCAGCAGUGGGGGUGGGACUCCGGGGCUGGAUGACCAAUCCUGUUCCGUCUUGCAGAUGGCCAAGACGCUGAGCGAGGCGGAAUACACGGGGGACAGGCGGGGUCUACGGGAGGGGGUGGGGUUUGGGAUGAGAGGGGCGGGGCUUAACGACGGCUGCAGAACGUUUCCGCCCAGAGCCAUACAAGAGGAGAGCAGCGCCGACGAGGCUCUGUGGGCGGGUGGCAGCAGUAGCAGCAGUUUGUCAGUAGAUGGCAGUGUUGGUGAGUGGCUGCAGCGUUUGGGUCUGGAGAGAUACGAGGAGGGACUACUGCACAACGGCUGGGAUGACCUGGAGUUCCUCAGUGACAUCACAGAGGAGGACCUGGAGGAGGCUGGAGUUUUAGACCCCGCCCACAAGCAGAUCCUGUUGGCCAGUCUGAGACAACAGCAGCAGCAGAAGUGAAUUCAUUGGCCAGUCUAAGGCGGCAUCAACAUCAGAAGAGAUCCUAUUGGCUUAGACACCGGCAAACCAAUCCAGCGCUACUCUGCAUGGGUCUAAACUGGUGUCUGAACUCUGAACUGGCCUGAACUUAUCUAAACUGGUCUGAAUUGGUUUAAAUUGGUCUGAUUUGACCUAAACUGGUUUCAACAGGUCUUAAUUGAUCUGAAUGAAUUGGAAUUGGUCUGAACUGGUCCAGUGUUUGUCCGGAGACGACCUCUGGCCUUUGCCAGCCUGGACUGGACUCAGCCACAUGAGACACUCCCACACACCAUCCAAUGAGAUGCCAGUCUGUUCUCCUCAGUGCUCUCAGCUGCCAAAUCAGCAUCCAGGCCUUCCUAGAGGCCCCGCCUACUCCCCCAUGCUGACAGGAAGUGACCUCAGACCUAGAGGGACGGAGGGACACUCUGAUUAGCUGGAAGACGUUCAGACGGACGUGCUGAUUGGCACCCGUCAGCUCUUGUCCUGUUGUCACAAUCAGCUGAUCAGUCUUAAGCCAGGCUCAAUCUACACAACUGUCAACUGUAAACAGAGACAAUGCCCGACCUUCUAUUUCGAGUCGUAAAUAUCAAACAGUGUUUGAUGUCUAUGAUUUGCGAUUGGCGACUCUUGGAAUUGGCAAAGUUCUAUCUUUGAACGUCGUCACGACAAGGAAAUCUUGCCCGACAAUUGCUUGCGAUGGUCCUGUGGGGUAACGUUCCACCAAUUGUCGUAAGGGGGGGUUUCAGGCAAAAAUUGGGCCGAUAGUCGUGUAGUUUGAACCUGGCUUUAUUCAUUCAUCUGUUCAGUUGAUAUUCUCUUAUUGUGAAUAUUCAUCAUCAGCUGUGGUCUUAUUCAGUUCAUCUUUUUAGCUGAUAUUGUUAUUCUGAUAUUCUUUUGUCCUCUUUUCUCUGUUUUAUGUUGUGUUUUGUUGUUGUUUUAUUUUGUUCUUUUGCUGCAUGUUCAGAUUCUGAGAAAGGGAAGAGUCCACCACAGUAUGUGGGAGCCAUAUUUGUGUGUGUGUGUGUGUGUGUGUGUGUGUGUGUGUGUGUGUGUGUGUGUGUGUGUGUGUGUGUGUGUGUGUGUGUGUGUGUGUGUGUGUGUGUGUGUGUGUGUGUGUGUGUGUGUGUGUGUGUGUGUGUGUGAGUGAGAGAGAGAGAGAGAAAGGGAGAAAUAGACUUGUGUACUGAGCUGAAACUGUAUUAUUUUCUUUUAUGGUCACGCACACACACACACACAAACUGACUGUAGUAAGCCUAGUGAUGGCACGUAUUUGCAUUAUUUUAAGUGACAAAAGUCUCAUUUUAUGAAUAUAAUAUAAUAAAGGACAACAUUUCAGAACAUUUCAGCAUGUACACGUUUAUCAAGCUGACUCAUAAUGUGUGUGUCUAUACACUUCAGCAUGUAACAUAUACAGUAUGUACAUCAAGAACACACACACACAAACACACACUACUGUCUUUCCAUUUCAUCAUGUACAUGUAUGAGUAUCCCCCAGUCUGUCCCCCUUCCUCUGCCUCAUACACACUGAUAUUUAUAUAUUUAUUACCAUGUACACACUCCUCUCUUCUUCUUCACUCUCUCUCUCCCCUCCCUUACUUCUCUCUAUGUCUAUCCAUCCUAUUGCCGUGCAUACUGUAUGUCAUCUCUCUCUCUACCCUCCCUUACUUCUCUCUGUGUCUAUCCAUCCUAUUGCCGUGUAUACUGUAUGUCAACAUUAUCUCCUUUCAUUCUAUCCAUCCUCUCUUUUCUCUAUUCAUCCUCUCGUCUUCUCUCUGUCUGCCCUCUCUUCUCUCUGUCUGUCCAUCCUCUGGUUUUCGCCACUAGCUAUUGUCCCGUUUCAGUCAUGUGACCUUCGUAAAGCGGCCGUCAUUUUGGACGUGAAGGAGACAGUGAUUUGAAUCUGUUUGAAUGCGAGUAACGAGAAACGACAAGCAAAAAAAAAAAAUUAAACGAGAUGCGAAAAAAAAAUCCUUUGUCUAGCAUUUGGUGGGGGAAGCGGAUGGAGAGGUUUUUGGAAAAGAUCGGAGGUUUAGAAAAUGAUGUUUACAGUCUGCUUCCACCAGGCUUGUUUACUCAAUUCAGUUCGGCUUUAUUGGCAUGACAAAUAUCACACACACACACACACACACGCGCGCGCACACACACACACACACACACACACACACACACACACACACACACACGCGCGCGCACACACACACACCAUGUCUUGAACAUACUGUAUUGUGGAUCUCCUUUUAAUGGUUAUAGCAGCUUCAAAUCCUGUUUCAUUCUGCAACACUUUCUCAUGGGGUGGUGUGCGUGCGUGCGUGUGUGUGUGUGUGUGUUCCAUCCACCGUUGUGUUCUGGUGUGUGUCUGUGAUAUCUCAGUGACCCCUUUUGAAACUCACUGAACUGUCUUUGUGUAUUUUUUUGUUUUUGAAAAGCUGAAAAAAAUAAAUACGAUAAUGCUU